CCUCAUCCCUGGUGUGGGAUGACGUCAAAUUCAAGAUGGAUGGAAUCACGACCAGCGCGCAGAAAUCUACACAACAACACUGAAUAAAGUCCCGGCUGUGCGGAGGAAAGACCUAAUUGACGACGGGCAGGCCAUGGAGAGCCUCGUGCAUUACAGCAAUCCCUCCCAUGCCCUCUCAGUGUUAGGGGUCCUGAAUGAGCAGCGUCUGCGGGGACAGAUGUGUGACGUAGUCCUGGUUGUGGCAGACCAGAAGUACCAGGCCCAUAAGAGUGUUCUGGCUGCCACCAGUGAGUAUUUCCAGUCCCUGUUCACACGGAUGGACGCAGUGUCGCUGAAAGUUGUAAACCUGGACUUCUGUGAGCCUGACGCCUUCGAGAUAGUUUUGAAUUACAUUUACUCCUCCUCACUUUUUGUGGACAAAGGCAGCUUGGCAGCCAUUCAAGAGCUAGGCUACAGUCUUGGAAUCCCUUUCCUCACCAACAUUGUGUCAACAAGGCCACAUGCAUCCUACUGUGUGUCAAGAAAAAGGCUUUCCUUCACAGAAGGGGAUGAGAAUGAUAUCCAGACAAGGAGUGUCAUUGUGCGUCGGGUCCGGAAUGACACCAUCAAUCCCUCUCGCUCAAAUAAUGAGAGAUCAUCUUCUGCAAAUUCUACUCCAGAGUCAGCCCAUCCUCCAUCAGUACACAACCUGUAUGAAUCAGUCAGAACAUCUGAAUCCAUCAGCGGGAAAUCAUGUGAACAGAGUGAAGCUGCUGAAAGGAAGUCAACAUACCCAUACACCUCCAUUUUAAAAGGGAAUCCAUCACACGUCACAUCUGUUCGUCCCCAGCUGACAUCAUCAGUGUCCUUCAGUGAUGCUGAGCACAUCAGGCUGCAGUCGGUCACUGACCCGGACACUAAAGAGGAGAAUGAGGAGCUGGAGCCCCACUAUCACACCAAAGUGCCCUUUCAGGGUCAGGCUUCUGAGCCAAGCCAGACCAUAGACAGGAGUGGGCCGCUGAUAAAAAGCCUACUCCGUAGAUCAUUAUCCAUGGACAGCCCUGUUCCAGUCUUCUCACCAACACUGGAGCUCAAGGAGCUGCAGAAUCGUGAACAAUCAGUUGUUAAAAUGGCGUCAAAACCAUCUGGGCUAGAGACAUCUGCUUACAAUGGCAAUUCAAAACGAACAUCUCCCCUGGUUCUCAGGUCAAAGUUCCCCAGCAGGUAUGAAGAAAAAUCUCAGGUAGAACGAGAGGUCAGUGUGAAAGCUGAGCCCAGCAGCCCCCUCCCUGACCUCAUGGACAUUGUCCAAAUCACAGUUGGAGAUGCUUUGCAAGGUAAUCUCAAAGACUUGCAGACAAAUUACGAUCAAGGCUCCCGGCCAGACUUCAAUCCUUUUGGGAAAAGAAAGGACAGGCCAGAUAACAGAAGGUACCCAUUUAAGAAGGGCAAAAUAUUUAAAGAACAUACCCUUUCACUGGAUGAGAACAUGUCAGAAAUAGUACCUCAGAGUGCCAGCGGUGACUCUAAUGAAAACCUUGGAGAGCCGCCUGAGAACAAGAUUUUUAAAUGCUGGAAUUGUUUAAAGGUUUUCAGGUCGAGUGCUGGACUACAUCGUCAUGUUAAUAUGUAUCACAACCCCGAAAAGCCGUAUGCUUGCGAAAUCUGCCACAAACGCUUCCAUACAAACUUCAAAGUGUGGACUCACUGCCAAACUCAGCAUGGCAUAGUUCAAAACCCGGCCUCGUCCUCCAGCUCCUCUGUGCUAGAUGAGAAAUUUCAAAAGAAGUUAAUAGAUAUUGUGCGAGAAAGGGAAAUAAAGAAAGCCUUGCUUUGGAAAUUAAAGAGGAAUAAGCAGGGUUUGCAAUCUUCUGCACUCACCAAAAAGAGAUCAAGACCCAACUUCAUAUGUCCUUACUGCGGGAAAGUAUUCAUGUUCCAGUCUCAGUACAGACAGCAUUUAAGGACACAUCCUGCUGAAAAAGCUGACCAGGAAACAGCAAACGAGAGCCUCCUCUACCAGGAACAGGAGGAGAACAUCGAGCAGCAGGACACAGAUGCUGGUGGUUACUCCUGUAGACUCUGUAAUGUGAAGCUGUCUUCUCUCUUUGAGCAGGGCGACCAUGAGAGGGGCUGCCGACAUGCGACUGUAUGCCCCUACUGCGGCCUCCGAUUCUCAAGUCCAACGGUCAAGAAGGACCACGAGGCACAUUGUAAGUACAAGAAACUGACGUGCCUGGAAUGCAUGCGGACUUUCAAGUCCUCCUUCAGCAUAUGGCGCCACCAGGUGGAGGUUCACAACCACAACAUGAUGACAGUCCAAGAGCAGCUUCAGCUGAAGCAGCAAGGGAACAAUGAAGGGGCGUCUGAAAUGCUCAGAGAGGAGCACUACAGUGACGAGCCUCUAGCACCCGGGAGCUCCAGAGAGAUCAUCACGUACAGCGACUCCUCAGGUCCACCCAUGUACGAUUCAGAUUCCUCCUCCUAUGUGCCUGAGGACCUGAGCAUGGGCCAUCAUGGCAAGCUGGUGGUGAAAGAAGAGCCCUUAGAGGAGGCUGUGAGUGAGAUGGAAAACUCAGAAUCUGCUAAAGGUGGGCUGGAGGAACCCGGUGUGUGGCCAUGCGAGAAAUGCGGAAGUCUGUUUAGCUCUCGCAAAGACCUGGAACGCCACCAGGAGUUGCUAUGCCACAUCAAACCGUUCAUCUGUCACAUCUGCAACAAAGCCUUCAGGACCAACUUCCGCCUUUGGAGCCACUUCCAGUCCCACAUGUCGACUUCUAACGAACCAGAGGCCAAAGAGAUGGACAGAGACCCCUCACCUCUGUCUCCAUCACCUCCCACCACCCCUCAGAACUCUGACCACCCCUCCCCACAGGCCUCCGUGCUCACAUCCAGCCAGACGGCGCCAGUGGCUGCAGUAAUGGCCGAGGAGUCCAACAGCCCGGAGCCCUGUAGCUCGUCAGUAAACAAGACGAAGAGGCCUGAACUCGAGCGGCAAGCCAGCAGCCACAGCCCCGCUCUGUCCAGGUCCAACAGCAUGGAGAAUCCCAGUGGCCCUCAGGAAUCAGACACACUCUUUUACCAUGCUCCAUCCCUCUCCGCCCUGACGUUUAAAAGGCAGUACAUGUGUAAACUCUGUCACAGGACCUUCAAGACAGCCUUCAGUCUCUGGAGCCACGAGCAGAGUCAUAGCCACGUGUAAGCCUCACACUGGUUACAGUAGUGCAUUUCUCUAGAGACACAAUACUUGGAAUAUUAACACACCUCAGCCUACAAAAGGAAGACUUCGAAUGUAUAGCGUAUUUGCUUGCCUCCUAUAUCAUAUAUAUAACAGUGGCCAUGUUCAUUAGAGGUGUAAACGUGAAUGUGCAAUCAAGUGCUAGAUUCUUCUCGGAGAUGAGAUUAUUAACUUGUUUAUUUUCCUUUUCAAAAUAAGCAUUUAUCUAUUUCAAACCUGUUUUAGUUGUCUAUUUGUAUUUAUCUAUCUAGGUGUUUUGAGAAAACAAGGUACAGCGUUGCACCCCCACAAUCCUUGUACCACUUUUGACUCAAAGGUACAGUGACAACGAAAUACAUUGUUUUCUCAGAGUGUGGAAAAAGUGCUUUAAAGUUUUGGAGGCUGCAGUGAUUUAAAUAGUAAUGCUUAUUGCUUUGUAUCAGAUAUAUCUCUUGGUGUGAGUGAUACCCCUUAAGAUAAUAUUGGUGGCCUAAAUAAUGUUUUUAAUAUGCACUUUGUCAAACAGUUCUGUAAAAGGGGGAUGUAGUCCAAAAUGUUUGCUUGGGUCGUUUCACUGACAGAGGUUCAAGGUUACAAACGUAUCAGUGAUUCCCACAGCAUGUUAAUACUUUGGGGGGCCCCCAAAGUAUAAUGGCUCCCCCCAAAGUAUAAUUUGUGUGUUUUUUGUUUUUUUUUACUCAGGGAGCACUCAUUUGCAUUUGCAUUGGUGGCAAUGAGUGAUCAGUGAGUAAAAAAAAACUUAAAAAACCAUAAAUUAUACUUUGGGGGGAGCCACCCAUAAAUUAUACUUUGGGGGGAGCCAUUAUACUGGUAAACAGCCUCUAUGGGCGCGAGUCCAGACCCACUUUUGGAAUCAAAUGAUGACGUCAGUGGGAUUAUCUCCUUUAUCAACUCCUAAGCAUCCCCGGGACAACAUCACUAGCCCCGCCCCUAAAAAGGUGUGAACUUGAGCCAAUCAAGGACUACUACUACUAGGUCGUCCUUAGACGAGUUUGCCAACGGGUUCGCCAAUCCUCACGGUCCUCCAUACACCCGGCCAGCUCUGUGGAGCUUUCUACCCCCACAUCCUUCCUCAGCACCUCCACGUAUGUUGGCGUGGGGCGCCCUCUUGGUCGGUGCCCGUGUGUUGGCUCCCACUUGGUAAGAUGUGUGUGUGAAAGAAGACCACAAAAAACAGCAGUGACUGCUCUCAGCUGUUUAACACUUAAAGACCUAGACACCAUCACCAGUUGUAGGUUGUCUGAAGUGCAGUGUUAAUAUGAAAAUUCACUAGAAUGCAGGAAUUGAGAAAAAAAAUCUCAACAUUUUUCACGGGGAGGGGGUGGGGUGCGUGCCCCCCCCAGCGCCCCGAGUCGUUCCCCCAAAGUAUAUUUCAUUUCUGCGGGAAUCACUGCGUAUACAUGAUAAAUAGGCCCACUAACUCUCUUUUGUUUUGUUUUAAUACUUAGCAUUCCUUUGCAUUAGUUCUCUCAUAUUUCAGUUUCACAAUGCCUUAGCGUCAUGUUGUGUUAUAGGCAGAUUGAAUAGGAACUUUGGUAUAACAAAAAGUUCUAUUACAAACUAUAUAUCAAACACAUGCACCUCUGAUAGCUGCUGACAGUACGCAGAUACAGUUUCAUGCAGUACUCAUUUAUCUUCCUAGCCUGAUGAAUUAUAUUUGUGUAUACAAAUAAAUGAGAGAGUGCAAUCAUCCGCCACAAAGAUUUUAGAAAGUGUUUUUUAGGUAAAUGACUGUAAAGCACUUUAAAUGUGUCUGAUAAACCUUAAAAACUAGAACUCAAUCUGAAAUAUUUAUAGCAGGCACACUUUUCAAAUAACGGCACACUGCACUAUAGUAAUGCAAAUAAUGUUGAACUCAAAUAAUUAGGUAAACUAUUUCAAUGUGUUAUUUAUUAGACAUUGUCACAAUUAGUGAAUCAAGAAGUUCACCACCACCCUGCACCAACAGGGUGAUCAUUAAGAAGCUUUACAAUGCUUUGAUGGCCUUAUGCAACUUGAACAAUACGUGUUCCAUAUUAUUUGAUAUGAAAGCACAAUAGUUUCAAAUGAUGACUUUUCAAAAUGAGGGAAGCAUGAGAAAGCAAAUGUUUUAUUCUAUGAAUGGUAAAAAAGUGUUCCUGCUUCAUAUAGAUUAUUAUUAAAGGUAGUGUUAAUUGUAUUCUUGUACAAGUAUAUAGUUCUGCUUUGGCUUGAUGGAUUAGACCUUUGUCAUCAAUUAUUCUGAUUGCUACAUUUUGGGAGAUGUGGCAUUCAAAGAGUGCUCGACACACUGGGAAUGAGUUUCCCUCUGAAUGAGCAACACCAGCUGCAUUGUGAUGUUACGUUCUUUUGAAGAAGUUCUGUAUUGAUAAUAGUGCUCUUGUUUUCUUGUGAUUAAACUUUCUGAAAGUGUCACAGAAAUGAUUAGAAUUGUGUACAUGGAAGUGUUUAUAUUCUCGAUUUUGUACCAAUUUUGUUAGUAAACAAAAGUGUAAUCUUUUUAGUAUUCCUGUGCUCACUGCAAUAAUGAAUAUUUGUAUCAGCAUUAUUGUUGCUUUUGAAAACUUGCAGCUGUUUUGUGUUUAGGUUUUUCUACAGUUUAUGUGCUUUAAAUCUGUAAUAAAGAGUAACAAUGGAGUAUAUAUACAA